CUCUUUGGAACCCUUUCUCUCUCCUUUUCCCACUCUCUCUCUCUACUCACGCCUCUUUUCCGAGAUCCACCACUCUCUCUACAGCAAAACCCUAGAACUCAAACCUUCCUCCUCCGCAUCUAGAGAGAGAAACACACAGACUGUACAUCAAACGUUCGCUCUUUCCACUGACCUGAUCCGAUACAAAUCCAGUGCUUUAAAUAGGAGUUCGAUUGAUUGACGAUGGCAGCGGAAGCAGCAGUGGCAGUAGCGGCAGUAGCACCAGUUUCUGCUCAAGUUGUUGCGAAUGCAUUUGUGCAGCAAUACUAUCAUAUAUUGCAUCAUUCGCCAGGGCUUGUAUUCAGGUUUUACCAGGAUAUAAGCAAGCUUGGACGUCCUGAAGAGGAUGGAUCCAUGUGUAUCACUACGACAAUGCAAGCAAUAAAUGAUAAGAUACUCUCACUCAACUAUGGAGAUUUCAGAGCAGAGAUCAAGUCUGUGGAUGCCCAAGAAUCCUUUAAUGGCGGGGUGCAUGUCCUUGUAACUGGAUAUUUGACUGGGAAAGACAACUUGAUCCGGAAUUUCUGUCAAACUUUCUUCCUAGCACCGCAAGAUAGGGGGUACUUUGUCUUGAAUGAUAUGUUUCGAUAUGUAGAGACUGCCGGUCAGCAUGAUACAGUCCACGUUCCAGUAAUUGAUGCUGUGGCUCCUGUCACGCCAGAGCAAAUUGUUGCAGAUCCACCUACAGUACCGCAGAAUCACAUUCCCGAGCAAAGCACUCCACCAGCGGAGGAAGCUGAUGUGGGAGAAGUUUACAACCCAUCUGAGAAUGGUGAUGUGACUAUUGUUGAAGAGGAAGUGCCUGUGUCUGAGGUUGUCGAUGAAGUCCAAGAUGGCUCUGAAGUGGUAGCUGAAUCUGACAACAAAACUGGGGAAGUUCCUAAGAAGUCAUAUGCUUCAAUUGUCAUGCAUCUCAAGGAAAGUGCUGCAACCUUCUCCCCUCCUCCAGCACCUGCUUCUAGGAAGCCUAUGACAAAGAGUGUUGUGCAAGUGAAUCAGCCUGCUGCCACAGCAACUGAUGGCCCAUAUUCCAGUUCAGAUACCAUUGAUAACAUAAAUAACACAGAAGCAGCUGAUGGCUACUCAAUCUAUAUAAAAGGCUUGCCUAUGAGUGCAACUGUGGCAUUACUUGCGGAUGAGUUCAAGAAGUUUGGGCCAAUAAAAAAUGGAGGAAUUCAAGUCAGAAGUAACAGGCAACAGGGAUUUUGUUUUGGAUUUGUGGAAUUUGAAGUGGAAAGUGCUGUGCAAAAAGCAAUCGAGGCUUCUCCAGUUCUCAUUGGUGAUCGGCAAGCAGUGGUUGAGGAAAAGAGGUCUACUAAUUCUCGACUUAACACCAGAGGUGGUGGUAGGUUUCAAUCCGGAAGGGGUGGUGGAUUCAGGAACGAUGGAGGAAGAGGGCGAGGAAACUAUGUAGGUGGCAGGGGCUAUGGUCGAGAUGAUUUUAAUGGAAGAAAUGAGUUCAACAACAGGGGUGGGAAUCGUGGGGGUUCAUCAAACCGUGGAGGUGAAGGAUAUCGGCGAGCUGACAAUACAGGUGGUGGGCGAAUGAGUCGUGGUGGUGGAAUGUCUAAUGGAACAGCCAAAACCCCGACACCUCGCUAUUCUGCUACAGCUUGAAGAGUAGUAGCUUAGUAUUAUUAUUUGAAUUGACAUUUAAAAUGAUUUAUUUUUAAGCUGAAGAGAAAUUUUGUCAAGAGCUAUGAUGUUUCUCAAAAAGCUCUUUUUGCUAAGUUUUCUAGUUCAAUUUUUUUUUUUCUGGUUAAUCGGAUGGGUGGAGGAAGGAAUGAAGUUUUUUUUUUUUUUUUAAGUAGAUUUCUUUGUGUAGCAUACGGGUGUUGGAGCCCCUAGCAAGAGAUUAUACGUCAUUCGUGGGCUUUUGCCUUUUUUGUAUUGAAUUAUUGUUGGGGGCUUGUGGAAAUUUAUUUAUUUUAAUUUC